AGUGAGAGAGUGAGAGAGAGAAAGAGAGAGUAUGAGAGAGAGAGAACGAAAGGGAGAAGAAGUGAGAGAGGAGGUCUGACGACACAGUUUGUAUUCUGUGUGCACUGCAUCGUCAUGGAAGCAUUGCUUUAGAAAAUCAACCUGACUGCUGAGUCCACAUAAAUGCAGUCAAUGCGCAACAUGUGCACAGAGCUCUCCGAGAGACUGGCUGCUUCUCCAGGAAAACCAACUGCACAGCAAUAAUCCACUCCAGGGGUGUUAGAGAACGAUUGGACCAGCAAUGUUCUCCACAAGUCCUUACCCAGGGAGGUGCACUAUGGACAUAACUGCUAUAUGCACUGGGUCACUGGACACUCUUGUCAGUUUCUAAUAUUGCCUGAUUCAGGGCUACCCAGAGAGAUCAACAAGCGAUAAGUAAAGAAGCCCUGAGAGAGCUCAACAGCCCAGCUCAACAGCCCUGCUCCAGCCGCCUUUCCCCUGGCGCUGCCAUGCUCCUGCAGAGGUGCGUCUGCCGCACUCUGUGUUUGGCAGCUCUGCUGGUAGUGACCAGCUGUGUUGGGAGCGAUCAGAAGAGAGGAUCAGAUGAGGCGGCACGGAGCUCAGCGGCAAAGGCGAGCAGCAGCACAGCACCUGGCCGCAAGUACCACCGUCUCCAGCACGGCCAGUGCACCUACACAUUCAUCCUUCCGGAGGGCGACGGCACAGGUGGCGCGUCCUGCCGGGAACCGAAUACGGGUGCUCAGUACAAUGUCAACGCAUUGCAGAGAGACGCCCCUCCACCCGAGUCUGACUUCUCCAGCCAGAAGAUCCAGCAGUUGGAACACAUCAUGGAGAACUACACACAGUGGUUGCAGAAGAUUGAGAACUACAUCAAAGAGAGCAUGAAGGCAGAGAUGGCUCAGUUACAACAGAGUGCAGUCCACAACCACACAGCAGCUAUGUUGGAAAUGGGCACCAACCUUCUCUCCCAGACUGCUGAGCAGACCCGCAAACUUACCGAUGUGGAGACUCAGGUUUUGAAUCAGACAUCCAGGCUGGAGAUUCAGCUGCUGGAGAAUUCACUGUCCACCAACAAACUGGAGAAGCAGCUCAUUUUGCAGACCAAUGAGAUCACCAAACUCCAUGACAAAAAUGGGUUUCUGGAGCAAAAGAUGCAGGAGAUGGAGGCCCGGCACAGGGAGGAGCUGGAGGGGCUGCGGGAGGAGAAGGGCAGCCUCCAGGGUUUGGUGGCCAGGCAGAGUGCAGUGAUAAGGGAGCUGGAGGCCCAGCUUGGCAGGGCCAUGGGCAACAGCACGGCCCUGUUCAGGCAGCAGCAGGACCUUAUGGACACUGUGCAUAGCCUGCUCAACCUCUGCUCCAAGGAUGGUGUGGUGCCCAACAGUACCAAACAAGCUGAUGAAGAGAAAAAAUUUCGGGACUGUGCUGAUCUGUAUGAGACAGGCUUCCGGAAGAAUGGAGUAUACACCAUCAACAUAAGCCCCCAAGAGACCAAAAAGGUAUACUGCAACAUGGAGUCUGCUGGUGGAGGCUGGACAGUAAUCCAACAUCGAGAGGAUGGUAGCAUUGACUUCCAGAGGACAUGGAAGGAAUACAAGAUGGGCUUUGGGAGUGUGUCAGCUGAGCACUGGCUGGGGAACGAGUUUGUGUACAUGCUGACCAGUCAGAGGCAGUGUACCCUCCGGGUGGAGCUCACUGACUGGGACGGACAACAGGCCUUCUCCCAGUAUGACCGCUUUCACAUCAACAGCGAGAAAAACAACUACAGGCUGUCCUUAAAGAGCCACAGUGGGACAGCAGGCAGGCAGAGCAGUCUGGUGAUUCAUGGAGCAGACUUCAGCACCAAAGACAUGGACAACGACAACUGCAUGUGCAAGUGUGCACUGAUGCUGACCGGAGGCUGGUGGUUUGAUGCCUGUGGUCCUUCAAACCUGAAUGGGAUGUACUACACCCAAGGUCAACACGUCGGCAAGUUCAACGGCAUCAAAUGGCAUUAUUUUAAAGGCCCGAGUUACUCUCUCCGAGCAACUUCCAUGAUGAUCCGACCUUUGGACUUCUCAUAGAGGUCCAGGCUAAUCCACAGCGCAGGUGGGAACUUUCUAGAAAAGGACUACAUUUGGGUCCAAGGCAUUAUCAAAGGACACCUUUUAAGUGGCCUAUUUAGCUACAUAUGAUACCUGGUUUGUGUGACACUUCUUUGUGAUAACCCGUCUCCCAUGGAAACAGGGAUGUGGUAGAGAGGCGGGUGUCUUAUUCAAAUCAUGUGGCCCACAGCAGAUGAUUUUGCACUCUAGAGAUUUAGGGGAGCGCUCCUGGCUGGUUUUUAUUUUUCUAUAUCAGAGAUAUGAACUGAAGUGGCACUGGUGAAUCCCUUAUGCCCUGUGAACUGCUGAGGCAGGCACGUCAUCAUUGAUGGGAGAAGACUGGAUGGCACUGCUGACCCUUAAGCCCCUGGCUUCUUUGGCUCUGUAGUCUCCCAGUGAAUGUACAGCAGCUGGAAAGGCUUUCAGAAAUCCUAAAGUGAGCCAUUUACUUUUCCUCUUUUUUGUAAAGACUGUAUUGCACAGUUACCCCUGGGACAUGAAAUAUUAUUUUAUAUUAUUACACUUUUUAUACCUACACAA